AUGAAGACCACCGGUACUGUUGCGGCUAUCCUCGGCCUCGUCUCGAGCGCCACCGCCCAUUACACCUUCGACAAGCUCCUGCUCAACGACCAGCAGGUCGGCGGAGACAACACCUACAUCCGGAGGCACACCAACGGGUACAUGCCCAUCAAGUUCAAGAACCCCCCCGAGGGCUCCAUCACCCCUCUCGACGCCGACUUCGCGUGCAACAAGGGCGCGACCGGCGCCCCCGAGGUGAUCUCCGUCAAGGCCGGCGACAAGAUCGGCCUUCGCCAGGCCUUCGGCGCCAACGGCAUCCAGCACCCCGGCCCGUCGCAGGUGUACAUCGCCCCCGUCAGCAACGCCAAGAGCGACGCCGGCAGCGACUGGUACAAGAUCCACCAAUCCCUCGUCUGCCGCGAGGGCUCCCCCGAAACCUUCAAGACCACCGCCUGGUGCAGCUGGGACGAGAAUAACGUGUGGGGCGUGAUCCCCGCCACCAUCCCCAACGGGCAGUACCUCCUCCGCGCGGAGCACAUCGGCCUGCACGGCGCGCACGACGGGCAAGCCGAGUUCUACACGUCGUGCGCGCAGAUCGAGGUCACGGGCAACAGCGCGACCUCCAUCCCGGGCCAGUCCACCAAGUUCCCCGGCGGCUACCAGGCCGCCGACCCGGCCGUCAACUUCAGCGUCUGGGGCCGCUCCACCUCGUACGACGUCGCCCCCGGUCCGGAUGUCAUCCCCGGCGGCACCAUCCGCGGCUCGGCCAGCGGCGCCGGCGGCGAUAAGUUGCAAACCGUCCCCGGCGGCGAGAGCAGCGAGGCGGUCGACAACAGCGACCCCACGCCGUCGCCCUCGCCCUCGCCUUCGGUUCCUGCGCCUUCGCCGUCCACCCCGCUCCCGUCCCCGACUGGUGCGCCUGUCCCGGCUCCCACGCUCCUGCCUGGCACCGGUGAGGGCAAUGGGAGUGGCAAGGGUAAGGGUAAGGGCAAGUGCCAGCGCGCGUUCCCGCGCCGGGCUGCGGCGCUUUUGGUGGCGAAGAAGGAUGCUCAGCAAUAG